AUGAACAGACUUCAAGGCUUCACCCUGCUGUUUCAGUUGAUCUCCCUAUCGUCAGACUGGGGAGUGACAAGUAAUAGGUACGUCAUUGGAAAGGACUGCCUUUAGUGUUGGUCAGCGGCUACUCGCACGAUCAUGCGUAGGAGACACGUUUUUGUAGUCCACCAUGUUGAUUGCACUAACCACGAAUAAAGGAAGUUAUGUUACCAGUAUUGGCCCCUGGACUGUAGGACUGUGCUACCGGAAUUGGAAAUUCUCGGAAAUCGUUUCAACUCAAGGAAUUGAUGUUUUUGAUAAUUCAAAAAUCAAAAUCGUAUCAGAACAUUAGUUGUAGCGAUUUUCUACUGCCUUCUAAAGGAUACAGGUAGCCUUUUAGUAUUAUUGACUCAAGAUUUUUCUUAAUUUUUCUCACUGUAUUUUAAAUGCCAUUUUUCGAGGCCUGUCCACUGCUCUAUGUUUAAAUGAUCGAUGGUUAAUCGUUCCAUAAUGAAUGGAAAUUAAUUUUAGAAUUAUCCCACAAAAGAGACAAUGUUAUGGACAAACAGCAAUAUCACGACAAAGCUUUAAUGACAAGAAUACGUGUGCUGUCUUAAACUCUGAUCCUACCAGUAAAACUCACAGAAAGUUAAACAAAAUGUUGCUUGAUUUGAAAAAAGCUGGUAGGAUUAGUGACUCUACGUACAAAAUGUUAUACGGUAGUGACAGCUUAUGUCCACGUUUUUAUGGCUUACCUAAAAUUAUAAAAAAUAAAAAAUAAACCGGGAAUUCCUUUGAGACCCAUUGUCUCUUUUGUUAAUUCUCCGACUUACGCAAUUUCUGGUUAUCUUGUGAGAAUUUUGUCGCCUGUUGUUGGGAAUACUGAUUACGCUGUCAAAAAUUCCUGCGAAUUUGCGGAUUUCAUAAGAGAUAAAACUCUUAACGCUUGUGAAGAAUUAGUAUCUUUCGACGUUGUUUCGCUCUUCGCCAAAAUCCCAGUUGAUCUUGCCGUUAAGGUUGCGGAGGAAAGACUCAGAGAAGAUGCUUCCCUGGGACAAAGAACUUCUUUGCCAGUGGAGGAUAUUAUUCAUCUGCUGUCUUUUUGCCUCAAAACCACCCAAUUUACAUAUAACGGCACCUACUAUCAACAAGUUUUUGGUAAAGCGAUGGGUUCGCCCGUCUCUGCUGUCAUUGCUAACAUGGUAAUGGAAGACGUGGAACAAAGGGCCUCAGCCACUUCACCGGUUAAACCCUUUUUCUGGAAACGAUAUGUCGAUGAUGUUAUUUCUAUGGUAUCCGGAAAUGAAGCGGAGCGCCUCUUGUCGCAUUUGAAUUCAGUAGAGCCGUCGAUCCAAUUCACCCUUGAGCGUGACAAGGAUAGACAUUUGCCCUUUCUUGAUUUAAAUGUGUCCAGAGGGUUUCAGGGUAAUUUAGAGACAAGUGUAUACCGUAAACCUACCCACACCGACAAAUGCCUCGCUUUCGAUUCUCACCACCCUAUUUGCCAUAAAAAGUCUGUAGCCAAAACUUUACUUAGGAGGGCUGACUGUCUACCAUCUUCACUCGAUUCGAAGGCUGAGGAGAGGAAAUUUGUUGCCAAUGUCCUAAAGGAAAAUGGCUAUACAAAAACUUUUCUCCGUAACUGCCAAAAACCAGUUACAAAUAGUAACGCUCUUGAUGAAAGGGAACCAGUGACUGGUUCUGCUGUUAUUCCUUACAUACAGGGUGUUACGGAACCCAUCAAGAGAAUUUUGAAUAGCCACAACGUUAAAGUUGCCCAAAAAUCUUUUCAGACUUUGGGGCAUAUUUUCGCCAAACCUAAGGAUCCUGUCACGAAAGAACAACGAACCGACGCCAUUUAUACUAUUCCUUGCAAUGACUGUUACAACGAAUGCAUCGGACAGACCAAACGUCAGUUUGGUACACGGUUAAAAGAGCACCAAAAAGCGGUUUUUUUUUGCAAAAAGGAAAAUUCAGCUUUAUCGGAGCGUACAUGCCCAACCAACCAUACAAUUGGGUGGGAUAAUUCUAAAAUUAUCACCACUAAUCGGCGUUACCAUAAGCGCCUUUGUUUGGAGGCUUGGCAUAUCAACUCCGCCCACACUCCUUUAAAUCGUGACGAUGGUGGUUUGCUUCCUGACGUCUAUUUACACCUCGUCAGAAGAAAAAGGCCGCUAAUUAGUGAUCAUAUAAAAGGACCUCUUGUUGCAGCGUUUAGAUCACCCCUGAUGAAGGCACUAGACAGGAGUGUCGAAACGUUGGGUCUAUGAAUCGUAACUUCUUCGGUUACAUUCACUAAAUCUGUAUAUAUUGCUGUUGUUACUGGCAUAUUUUGCUCUAUAUGUGAACUCUGAGUAUCUCCACUAACAUUUUUUAAAAUUGAAAGCGUAUAAGCAGCUUGUUAAUCCUCUCCAUUCGUGUUCCUUUGCUCUCAUUCAAGAGCGGAUGCCAUCCGAUUAGCAGCCGACGUGACCCGCCUUGCCUUAGAGAUGCUGUUUUUGUUGACAGUCGGCCCUAAGGCUCAGAUGGCGCUGUGUGAAGAAGUGCAACUUCCUUCAGGAGAACAACAGAAGGGAAUGAGGUAUGAUUUACGGAAAAAUAAUUAAUUUAGACGUGAAGUAAUACUCGAAAAAUUCCCACCAAAAGUCCUUCGUGAUCAUCAUAAGGAGUAGUAAUGUUCCUAGUCGCAUUAAUUUAAUGACCCGUGAUAACAUUAGGUAGCAAGAGAUCAGAAGGCUUAUAUACUCUCUAUGUAGUCAUUUUAAGAAAUCUUUUUUUCCAGGCUUCUGCUGCGUUGCGCUGAAGGGAGUUUACUGAUCGACUCUGGGGUGCAGAAAGCCGCUCUGCACGUCAUUUGUAACUGUGUGUGCGACCCUCGAGUCAGGGUAAGUAGUUAG